AUGUUGCUUCUUAAGACGAUUGCAAUCUGCAAGAAAAAGUUCUUUCGUUCGCGAGCUCAGGUCCUCCUCGCUGAGGACUCAGGAGUCUCUUCUGUUCUUGAGAGCUUGUCCUCGCGUCUUCGCCUUCCUUCCGUCUCUCUCAAUUUUACGUCGCCUCAUUUCUCGAUUCGCGCUUCAGCUACCAGAUUCCAUCCGGAGCGGCCUUCCCUGCUGCUUCAUCCGUCACCGUCACUCAUGACUAUAAUGAUUGCUACGCCGCUGGAUCAAGAAGACGAGGAGCUGCAAGUGCCGCAUCCAGAUUCUGGCGAAGUUCAGCCAAUGGAAGUGGCACCAGUGGAGCUUGCUGCUAGUACAGUGGAGGCUCAGCCAGUGGAGAAACCUCCUCGGUCCCUGAAAUUCACGUGGAAAAUUGAGAAUUUCGCAAGGAUUAACAAAAAGAUGGACUAUUCUGAUACAUUUGGUGUUGACGGUUACAAAUGGCGGAUUCUCAUCUAUCCUAAGGGAAUCGAUGUCGGCCACCUGUCGAUAUUUUUGGAUGUUGCAGACAAUUCUACAUUGCCCUAUGGCUGGAAACGCUUUGCAAAAUUCAGCUUGGCUGUAGUGAAUCAAUUUGACAACAAGUGCUCAAUCAGAAAAGAUGUUGAACAUACCUUCAAUGGAACGACGAGCAACUGGGGUUUCAAAUCAUUUAUGCCCCUCAGUGAUAUGUUUGAUCCUACUAAGGGAUAUCUUGUCAAUGAUACUUUGAUUGUUGAAGCUGUUGUAAGGGAUUUUCUUGAUGAUUGGUCUUAUGACUCUAAGGAAAAGAAAGGUUAUGCAGGUCUAAUGAAUCAGGGAGCAACAUGCUAUAUGAACUCCCUCCUACAAGUCCUGUACCAUAUUCCUCGCUUUAAAAGGGCCGUAUACAGCAUACGAACAAUUGGGAAUGACAAGCCUAGCGGAAGCUUUACUUCAGCUCUGCAGAAUCUGUUCUUCAGGCUUCAAGCUAAGACAACAAGGGUUUCAACCAAGGAAUUAACAAAAUCAUUUGGAUGGAAGAUAAAUGAUUCUUUCAGGCAACAUGAUGUGCAAGAAUUCAAUAGAGUACUAUGUGAGAAGUUAGAGGAUGCAAUGAAGGGAACUACUGCGGAGGGCACAAUCAAGAUGCUAUUUGAGGGUGAAUUUAUGAGCUACAUUCGGUGCCUGUCUGUGGACUACAAUUCCACGAGGAAGGAGUUCUUCUAUGAUCUGCAGCUCGAUGUAACAGGCUGUAAGGAUGUUUAUGCAUCUUUUGACAAGUAUGUGGAAGUUGAACAACUUUCGGGUGAUAACAGAUACCAUGCUGAAGGACAUGGUCUACAGGAUGCAAACAAACGUGUCUUGUUUCUUCGCUUCCCACCUGUUCUUCAACUGCAUCUAAAGCGCUUUGAAUAUGAUAAGUCGCAGGGCACCAGCCUCAAGGCGGGCCUGAUUCUCCUUUUUAAUGUGAAUUGUGUGCUGCAGAUCAAUGAUCGGUAUGAAUAUCCUCUUCAACUUGAUCUUGAUAGAGAAGGUCGCAAAUAUUUGUCCCCAGAUGCUGAUUACAGUGUUUGUAAUCUCUACACUCUUCAUAGUGUAUUGGUUCAUGCUGGAAGGGAAAAUGCAGGGCAUUAUUAUGCUUUUAUUAGACCUCCUGUAUCGGAUGAAUGGUACAAAUUUGAUGACGAACAUGUGACAAAAGAAGACGUGAAGAGGGUACUAGAAGAAUACGGUGGCGAGGAAGAGAUCAAUGAUCGGUAUGAAUAUCCUCUUCAACUUGAUCUUGAAAGAGAAGGUCGCAAUUAUUUGUCCCCAGAUGCUGAUUACAGUGUUUGUAAUCUCUACACUCUUCAUAGUGUAUUGGUUCAUGCUGGAAGGGCAAAUGCAGGGCAUUAUUAUGCUUUUAUUAGACCUCCUGUAUCGGAUGAAUGGUACAAAUUUGAUGACGAACAUGUGACAAAAGAAGACGUGAAGAGGGUACUAGAAGAAUACGGUGGCGAGGAAGAGACGGAAAACUCGAAUGCAUAUAUGCUUGUCUAUAUACGUGAAAGUGACAUAAAGAAAAUCUACAAUAUGGAUGGAAACUGAAAAGGUAAUUGUUGAGCAGUUGAGAGUGAGUAAGUUUUUGUUGUAGCCAAGAGCACU